AUGCUCCCCGGUGAUCCCCGACUGAACUAUGGAUUGCAAGUCCCGACCUUUCAAGCGCGACAGUCGCACGAGGGCUCCGACCGCAUGUCAAACAUGCCGCCUACGCAAGACGCGGUGCAACAAUGGACGUCCCAUCUACCCGGUCUAGAAUCAGCCAACGCCGAGAUUCUUCAGCGCCUGCACCAGAUUACGUCUAUGCUCGAGGAAAUCAAACAAGACAAUGAAUCCACCAUCUCGUCCAGUCGAUCUCUUCAAGGCUCCUUUUUCGACUCGACCAUGCCCCAUUCGAGCCCCGUCGCCGACUCCGUCCAAGGAAAACAGACACUUCGGGGACACAAUGCCGAGCAAGUCUACAGCCACGAUCCACUGACUUUGUAUGCAGCCAAUUCUCCGGAAUGUAUGCUUCGCUGGCCCGUUUUUCAAAUGGUGGUCACUGAUGCAGAGAAGCACAUUCGGUCGUUUCUCCUCGACUCCUUGGAUAGCCAAGCUCAGUCCAAAUUCUCAUUGCUGCGUCCGGCAGGCACUGGGUCAUUCCUGGAGGAUAUCCAGAUUCUCGUUCGAAAGUAUCUUCAUUUGGUCCAUCGCCGGAAUCCCGUAGUUGAUGCCGAGAAACUCGAGCGCUAUGCCCGCGAGGUGACAGUGCAGGGGCUUGGAUGGGACGGACCGUCGUGCCAAGUGUUGCUUGCAUGCGCUCUGGGCUGUUGCACAUCCGACUACGUGCCACAUAAUACCCCGGAAGAUCUAGAUCGGCUUCAGAAGCCGCCGUCGUGCGAUGCUAGUAUCGAACUCGCCGAAGCUUACUUCCAUGCUGCCAAGCAGAGGCUAGGCUUUUUACAUACGUCUCCCACCGACAUACAAUGUUUCUUGCUUGCAGGUUUCUAUCAUAGACAUGCCAUGCGCCCUUUACAGGCCUGGUUCUGCUUUCAGCAAGCCUCCUGCCGACUAGAAGUGAGAUUGCGGUCCUUGUGUCGAGAACAGUGGACUGCCGACGUCAACUAUCACAACCUCGAAUCCCGACUUUACUGGUCGUGCAUUCAAGCUGAACAUGAAAUGCAAUCUGAGCUCCCUCUCUGGAGCAGUGGUCUCGAAAACCUGGGAUACGCAGACCCGUUCCCCAAAUUCCCAAAGACUACCAGCAACUCACCAGAUAGCAUGGUAGACGAUGUGAUCUCAACAAUGCCAUCGCCCGAAAUUAGCAGUACCGAUGAGGAAAAGGGAUGGCGAUUCUAUAUCGGCUCGAUCUGCAAUCGCCGAACAGUCAACGACAUGCUGGAGGAUAUGUGGCGGUCCGGCGAGCAGGCCUGGAUCACCAAUAUCACCAGCAUUGUCGAAAAGACAAGACAAGCUGAGAGUGUAGUAUUCAACUGGUACCAAAUGUCAAAAGCCGGACUCCCUAAUCCAGAACAACAGAACCAAGACCUCGAGUCGCUAAUGCGAGGCCGUCUGUACUUCUGUCUCGAGAAAAUUUACCGUCCCAUCUUCUACCUCGCCCUGCACUAUCCAUCCCUACCGGCCUACAUCCAGAACGACGAAAUCUUUAGCACGAUUUUCGACCAAGCCCAAAAAGCCCUGGAUAAUUGCGUCCGCCUCAUUCCACGACUAUGGUACAAUUGGCGCCAUGAGUGGAUCUGGAACUGCAUGCGCAUUACCUUUAGCGCUGCAAUCCAGAUCAUGGCUGCGGUUUUGAGUAAAAAGCAGAGUGCUCCGAAUCCGUCCCGGUGGACUCUCAAUCUGCCUUAUAAUUGGCCGGCGCUGGUCAGAUUGUCAAUUCGAACGUUGAAGCUUUGGGAGAAGGAGUCCAUUGAUUUGGAGAUCAUGCGGUCUACGCUCGAGAGGAUGUAUCAGGGAACUUGUCGCUUGGCUGCCGUGAGAUCAGAGUUGUAUUCAUUGUGA